AUGCCUUCUGUGUGGAAACAGAUCGCGUUCUCCACGGCCGCCCUGCUGUGUGUGGGCUCCGUGGUGCUGCUGGUGGUCGCCCUGUCCACGGAGCGCUGGAUCACAGGAAACAUUCUGUGUAAGACUGGAGUGGAGAUAGUCAACGCUUCAAACCCCGAGAUGCAACAGUUCAUGGGGCACAUUUACUUUGGAUUAUUCCAAGGAGGAAAAACCAAGAACUGUGGUCUUGGGAAUAGACGAUCCAAGAUCUACAUAUUCCCUAAACUUGUGCGAACGCUUAAUGGUGGACUUCACAUGAUGGUCAUCCUCUUCCUCUUGACCGCUAUGGGCUUUGCUGUGGUUAGUUUGGCAUUCAGUAUUUACAACGCACGCAAGGUUCCCUACCAGAGCAUCAAGGGCCACAAAGGGCUCUACCUUUGGAACGUCAUUGCAGGUUUACUUGGGUCACUAGGAGUGCUUUGUUUCAUUGCUGCUAUGAGACAUCACAGUCUGACAGAGCGCGUGGCCAACUAUGGGGAGCAGCUCUUCGUCCUGGGGGUGAUCUCGGACAGCCUGGACUAUUCCUUCUUCCUGGUGGUGGCCAGUAUUGGAACUCACAUAGCAGCUUGUGGAGUUGUUGCCAUGAGCCGAAUAAAACCGCCCCCACCGGAGGUAAAGAAGCCUGAAGAGCCCACCAUUGCUGCCUUGGAUCUUCUAUAUUAA